AAUUCAUAAGGAUAACCUCUCUGUCUCUGCAUUGACUGAUUUCUUUCUCUUCAUCAUGGGUGCAUUGCGAGCUCUGUUGUUAUCAGUGUCUGCUGGUCUCGGGGUCUACCUGAUGCUCAGUUUCCCUGGUUGGUUGGCUGGGGCACUGGGUCUACUGGGAUUCCUUGGACUGGGAGGAUGGCCCAUCACUCGCAUUGCUAUCAAAACCUUACCCAGGGACCUGAGGGCUAUUGUAAAGUUGUCAGGUAUGGCAAGAUACAUUCGGGGUUGGAGUGGUAAGAGGGUCUCUGAUGUGUUUCAAUCAGUUGCUUCUUCUCAGCCUGAGAGUACAGCCAUCUUAUUUGAGGAACAGAAAUGGACUUACCGUGAUCUUGAUAACUAUUCUAAUCAAAUAGCUAAUCUCUUUCAAGACGCUGGAGUCAAGCCCAAUGAAACAGUUGUUAUGGUAAUGCAGAACUCUCCUCAGUUUAUUGGUGUAGCGUUGGGUCUUAGUAAGAUUGGGGCUACUGGUUCUUUCAUUAAUUUCAAUCUCCGUGGUAACGCUCUAGUCCAUUGUAUAAAGAUAUGUAAUCCAGUUGCUGUUAUAUUUGAUGCUCCCUUCAGUGAUGCCAUUAAUGAUAUUCGGGAUCAGAUUGAUGCUAGACUUCAAGAUCUUUGUUUUUCAAUCAAUGGAGAUGAUUCUAAUAAAAUAUCUCGUUCCUUUGAUACUGAGGUUCGUAAAAUGCCCACUGACCCGCCCCCUCCUCUUAAAGAACCUUCCUCCAAUAGUUCUUUAGGUAAAUUCUGUUUCAUAUACACGUCUGGCACCACUGGACUACCUAAAGCUGUUCCAAUAAGACACCAGAAGUACAUGACAAUGGCCACUAGCUUAAGAUUUGGUUCUGGUAUGGUUAAAGAUGAUGUCAUUUAUUGUGCUCUGCCAUUAUACCAUACCAAUGGUGGGAUAUUGGGGGCUGGUCAGAUGCUGCUAUAUGGUAACGCAUUUGCUCUUAGACGCAAGUUCUCUGCCAGUAACUUCUGGAAUGACUGCAUCAAAUAUAAAUGCACUGUUAUUCAGUACAUUGGUGAAUUCUGUCGUUAUCUUUUAGUACAACCUCCAAAACCAACUGAUAAGCAGCACCUGGUCCGAAUGGCAACCGGUAAUGGACUCCGCCCUCACAUAUGGCAGGAAUUUAAGGAUCGUUUUAACAUUCAAAUUAUUGCUGAGUUUUAUGGAUCCACUGAAGGGAAUGCUAACAUGCUAAAUAUGGAGGGUGUGGUUGGAUCCUGUGGAUUCAAAUCAAUGUUAGUUCCACCUGCUAUACCGGUGUAUUUAGUAAAGGUUGACCCAGAGACGGAAGAAUUAGUUAAAGACUCAAAUGGUUUCUGUGUGAUGGCUGAAGUUGGUGAAAAAGGUGAACUAGUGGGUCGUAUUAAGAACAACUUCUUACGUCGUUUUGACGGCUAUGAGAACAAGGAGGCGACUAAUAAGAAGAUACUGACCGGUGUGUUCUCUCAUGGUGACAGGUUCUUCAGGACAGGGGACAUGAUGAUCAUGGAUACUUGGGGUAACUUUUAUUUUGCUGAUAGAACUGGGGACACUUUUCGCUGGAAAGGAGAGAAUGUGUCUACAUCAGAAGUUGAGACGCUAAUGGCUAAAGCAGUGAAGAAAGAAAUACACAUUGCUGUCUUUGGAGUUGAUGUUGCUAAUUCAGAGGGUAAGGCUGGUAUGGGUGUAGUUGAAGGUGAUCCUGAGGCCAUUGAUGUUACUGGAGGUCUGGCAGGUGGUCUUUACGAGGUGCUUCCCUCUUAUGCUGUCCCAUUGUUCUUACGUUUUGUGAAAGAGAUUGAAAUGACCGGAACGCAUAAAUACAAGAAGACCUCUUAUCGUAAAGAAGGAUACGACCCGAGUAUUGUUAGUGACCCGCUGUUUGUGUUGGAUGUUAGUAAAAAGGUUUAUGUGCCUCUUACCCAAGAGAUACUGGAGGCCAUUAAAGAUGGAAAAUGGCGGGUUUAGGACUGUAGAGUGUGUCUUUGAUUUAAAUUGAUUAAUAAUUUUAUUAGCACUAUUGAUACAUGGAUUAGUUGUGACUGUGUGUGUGAACUGAAUUCAAUCAUUGUAUGAAUAAUUUAAAAUAAUGAACGAGUAAUUUACUUAAUAA